AUGGUUGAGAAUGAGUUUGUGGAACUACCUGAACCCCUUAAAACAGGAUCUCAAGUCAUAGUUGUCGAUAAGCCGGACGUUAAGGAUUGGGGAAACUUGAAGUCUGUUGAGGGGUAUGACGUCACUAUCACCGUCACACCGAACGAAUUGUUUGUUCAAUAUUCAAAUGACGCCAAACCGGAAUUUAGCUUGCCGAUAAGAACUUUAUCAAUUUGUGCUGCAGUGAGAUGCGUUGAGGAUGCUUCUGGUUCAUCUAACAUGAAGUUUGUACCUGUCCAUUCCGUUAUAACAGCGAUAGAGCCGGACUCAGAUCACCCCGCCAUUUUUUCUACGGUGAUGCGACAUACCAUGGAAGAUGAUCUACAAUGUCACAUGUUCAUCUGUAAUUCUACUCGUGACGCUCUUCACCUUGUUAAUGCCACACAAACUGCGCAUACUGCGUUCACCAAGGGAUAUAAUGAAACGGGGGCAAUGAAAUUCUUCAUUGAUCGAUCCAGUGAGUUUGAUCGUACGCUACGACUUAACCAAUCAAACGCCGAAAAAAGAGUGGAUACCAGAAAAAUCUACAUGUACCAGGAAGAUUAUGAUACGCGACAGUACAACGCUGACACAAAAACAUACGUCACUACCGUUGAUAACACCUCGAUGAAACGCACAGGGCGCGUGUCAACUCGGAAUUAUACCGACGCAAACAUAACGAUGGAUGGCAAUACAUACUACGUAAAAGCUAGCGAGGUAAGGUCACAAACACCACCACCUGUACCGGAGUCGGAAACGGUAUUUAUCAAGUCGAAUGUUGAGCAUAUGAGACCACCAACACCACCUCCGCAGCAGACGAUAUAUGUCGAUAAACCCAUAAUAAAGCCUGCACCUCCGAUCGAAAUUCCUCCACCUAAAAUCAUAGAGAGACCAGUUGUUAUCGAGCCUCCGCCACUACCUAAGAUGGAACAACAAAUUAUAUACGUAGAUAAACCAGUCUUCAAAGAGAUGCACUGGCCAGAUCCCCCAGCUCCGAAGGUGGUUGAGAAUGAAGUCUUUGUGGAUCUACCUGAACCUCCAAAACAGGAUCCUCAAGUCAUAGUUGUCGAUAAGCCGGUAGUUAGGGAUUGGCCUCAGCCACCCACUCCACCAGCUCCGAUCAUCCAAGAAAAUCCUGUUUAUAUUGACCCACCUGCUUGGCCAGAACGAGCUCCUCAGAAGAUUAUUGUCGACACGCCGGUCAUGAGGGAAAUCGGUCCUGCGCCCCCCGCUCCUCCGCCUAUAAUAGAACAGAGGGAAGUUUAUAUUGAUCCCCCAGAAUAUCCGGAACAGAAACCCCACAGAAUAGUUGUUGAGAAGCCAUGCUUUAAUGCCCCAAAGCCGGCUCCAAGACCUCCAACACCUAUCAUAGAAACAAAAAAUGUUUAUAUUGAUGCACCACCAUACCCUAAACAAGAAGCACAAAGAAUUGUUGUUGAAAAACCAAUCAUAAGUGACCCGGGCCCGCCACCACCUCCCCCUAAACCAAUUAUCAUCGAGAAACCGGUGGAAGUACCACCACCAAGAUGGCCAAAACCAGAACCCCAGCGCAUUGUCGUCGAGAAACUUGUAAUGAGAGAUCCUGGCCCGCCCCCACCGCAACCUGAUCCAAUCAUCAUUGAGAAAAUUGUGUACGUGGACCCUCCCCCUUGGCCUAAAGUUGAGCCGCAAAGGAUUGUUGUUGAGAAGCCGGUGUUUAGACCACGACCACGUCCUCCUGUACCUAAGCCUAUCAUCAUAGAAAAGCCGGUUUAUGUCGAUAUGCCCGAACAACCACUUCCUAAACCACAGACAAUUGUGGUCGAAAAACCGGUGCUGAGGAAAACAUACGGGGUCUCGGAAACUAGACAACAUCCUUCGGCUUACAAUUACCAUUACCAAUACAGGCCGACAGAAAUGCGUGGAUCUUAUGUUGUCAGCAGAUCACAGCCUCAGCCACGUGGCCUCCGUCGUUACGCCUGGUCUGAUGCCGGUGGUGAAGACCGUUAUCGUUCAGGAUGGGAUUACACCACAGACGCAGGCGGAUAUAGACUUUAUGGACAACCACGUGACUUCCGGACCAAGCAGUUCAUGAACGAAAGAGGUUUUAGCAGACACAUCAAUGAAGAAUUUCGGCACACACACAGAGGUCCUAGCUCCUAUACAUAUGGAAGACGGGAGGGAUCAACAAGUAGUUAACUUUGUUUAAAAAAUACAAAAACACAAACUAUCUGGAAUAUAGAUGAUUGUACAAUUGAAUUUUUUAUAUGAAUUUUAUUCUAUUUUAUACUGUCAAUGCUUUAAUAAUCAACUAUUGUUAUAUCAAUUUAUAAUUCACAAAUUAGUUUUUAAACUGUUCCAGUGCUGAUUGUGAACAUCUAUGUUUCCCUUUUUUUAACUGGCCUUGGUGUAUCUGAUACAAGAGGUUUCACUUACAAACUACGAGUGUUAGAGCACCACAUUAAAUUCCGUAUUCUGGUAUGAACCGGACCAGGCCCUUGAAUUAUCAAAUGCUAAACUCUGGCCUUUUUCAACCACCAAAAAUGCAUUUUAAUACGUCUUAUUUAUCUUUUCACACCGAUUUAUAUACGAAAUGAAUGAAAACUGUACGAAUCGGCGAAAAAUGCUAUAUUUUUCUACUUUGUGAUCAUGAUUUCUGCAAACGUUCACAUGUAGACUGCCCUAACACCGUAGUGAGUUAAAUCCCAAAAUUACAAAUCUGAAUGGCUUAUAGUACAGAGUCUGGCCCAACUGUACACAAGAAUGCACAUCUGACUUUAUAUGGAUAUAGGGGCAUUACCAUGAAUAUGCACAAUGUUCAAAUACUCACUGUUCAAUAAUGAUUUUUGCACGGUUGGUAGAUCAUUUAGUGAAAUCAUAUAUUAGAAAUUGAAAGAUCAUAAAUUUUGAAUGAAAUGAUUGCAUAAUUAUUUAGACAAGAAUUCGUUAUUUGAAUAUUGCAUACGAUUUACGAAAUAUAAAAUAUUUUAUGGUUUACGAAAGAUGAAAUUUAUUUUAUGGUGAAGUAAUUAAUGAUUUGAUAAAGUUGCUUAAAGCUGAUACAAUUACCCACAUCAAUUGCCUCCCCUUGAUAGAUUUGUGACGUCAUUGUACAAGAAUAUAAAAAUAAUUAUUGCUAGAAAAAAAAAUGCAUUAUUAGAAAAUAAGAGCAAAUAUUUAAAAAAAAAUACUCAAUUUCAACACGAAAAUAACUUUUGAUAUAGAAGAUUUAUGUGUUACAGUGCUUUUUACAGUUCAGCUGGGCUGUAAAAACUGUAGUAAAUUGUGGGGUGGGGUCCGGUAGGGGAAAUAGACUUUACAUAGUAUCAUUUUUAUUACAUGCACUUACGAUAGCUUCACUUAGUUAAAAUUAUCAUUUAACAUAUAUUUUGUAUUUUGUUUUAUACAGAUAUAUAUUAAAAUAGUUAUAUAUAUAAUAACAUUUAUAGAUGUUCACUUGUUGUUCACUGAACAGUUCGAGUUAUUCAGAUUUAUUUUAUCUUAUUUUUAAUCAUUAUUUUUUGUUUUUUAUUUUCAUUUGCUUUUGCUAUUUUUUGUUAAAUCCACGAAUAAAUAGAAAUAGCAACACUGUCACAGAAUCGAUAAAGGUCCAUUAUGCCACAGAAAUGUUUUUAUAGCUAUUUGUUGGCUAAGUGCUUCAACCAUUUUUCAUCUGCUGCUUUUUGGCAGUUUGUACAGUUAUAGUAAUUUUAGUAUUUUGUAUGGAAGUCAAAAUACUACUUUGUUUACAAUUUGCUACUUUUAUGACACAUUAUUUUACAUUUACCGAUAUUUUCUUCAGGCUGUAAGCAUCUGACUUGCUCCUAAAUCAUUUUUUCAAUGUUAUAAAUUUCAUAUUUGCCCUUUCUAAAGGAUUAAAAAUUUGUCCGUUUCUGAGACAUAAUGUGCCUUUAAUUUUUGAAAUAUAUUUUGGUUCAUUUUGGCUUUACUAUUCAUAUGAUAUCAUCUAGAUGUAACUGGUAAAACACAUCCCAUUUGUCACACUGCUUGCCCUAAUUUUGUAGGAUAUUGUGGCAUUCAGUAUUGGAUGAAAGAAAAAAGAGAGAAUGAAAUGAAAAGUAAAGAAAAAUUAUUUUUAGAUAUUACUGAAGCAUUAAACAAACGCUGCAAGAAGGUCGCCUUAAAAUGUUAAAGCCGUAAUUCAUUUUAAUAAUGGUUAACAGAAAAACUUGACAUUCAAAUACUUCCAAAUUACUCUUAACCAAUCAAGUACAUGAAUUUGAUUCAUCCCUCAAAUGCGAAAAACAUGUGAUUCUCAAUGGCUUAGAUUCUGAUUGCCUAAGAUUCUGAUUGACAUAUAUCUUGAUUGGCAUAGAUUCUAAUUGUCUUAGAUUCUUAUUGGAUAACUUUAUGAUUAGCUAAGAUUCUGAUUGUCUUAGAGUCUGGUUGUCUUAGAUUCUGAUUGGCUAAGAUUCCGAUUGUCUUAGAUUCUGAUUGGCUCAGAUUGCGACUGUCUUAGAUUCUGAUUGGCUCAGAUUGCGACUGUCUAAGAUUCUUAUUGGCUAAGAUUCUGAUGUCUUAUAUUCUUAUUGGAUAACUUUAUGAUUAGCUAAGAUUUUGAUUGUCUUAGAGUCUAGUUGUCUUAGAUUCUGAUUGGCUAAGAUUCCGAUUGUCUUAGAUUCUGAUUGGCUCAGAUUGCGACUGUCUAAGAUUCUGAUUGGCUCAGAUUGCGACUGUCUAAGAUUCUUAUUGGCUAAGAUUCUGAUGUCUUAGAUUCUGAUUGGCUUAGAUACUUUGAAUGGCUUAAAUUCUGGUUGAGUGCAUAAAAUGUAUGCAAACAUUUUCACUGAUACAUGUACCGAUAUGUAUAUGCAUCACUCAUACGGUCUCUUUUCGGUGGCGAGGGUAAACUAACCCAAACACACUCACAUUUCACUUAUCACAUUCGAUAUAAUUUAUCCUCUCGUUUGUAAUUCAAGUUCCAUAAUCCACGUUCAAAAUUUUAAUUAUUUUACUCAGUUGAUUAACAGGAGUUCUAUUUGCGUUUAGGGAUUAUACAUGUAUAAGAAGGAAGCAUACACAUGCCGUUGUAAUUGCGCAAAGGAUGUCCCUGUUGUUUUUUUUUAAUUUAGAACAGGUCACUCGAAUUUCAGGGUAUUUUAAUUUCAAAAGGUACAAAUAUUAUCUACAGAGAGCCUGAUCAGACUGCGCGAAUGUUCAGGCUGGUCUUGCCCUGCAAUGGUGGUAAAAGACUAAUCGCGUUUGGUUUAAGUAGGAUAAGAGUUUGAACCUCAACUAUAAUGAUUUAAAUAUCUAUACUGACGUGUAUAGGUUUGCCACAGUUUGUUCAAUUUUUCGUACUGUUUUAACUAUGUGUUUUUAAAAAAUCAUAUUUUUUAUACAGUAAUAUAAUACGUUAUCGGAUGAAUUAUUAUUGUUUAUUUACUAGUGUUACUUCCGGGAACAUGUUCAUAGUUUCUUGCAAUUGCUUAUAACAUUAUAGCAUGUAUUUCCUGUUGAACACACGAUACAUAUAUACAUGUAUAUGUACUUAUAUUAAAAUAAAUUAUUUCUGUACAUGAUAA